AAGAUUAUCUAAGACUUCAUUUCGAUACUGAUUGAAAUUUGGAAAUUGCGUUGCUGCGUCAGAAGAAGGAUAGCUAUACUGAUUCGGUAUACUUUAAAGAAACCUUGGGUACAAUAUUGACGAUCUCACAAAGAUUUCAUUUCAGUGAAAUUGCAUUUACUGAUCUCAUCUUUUACAGAAUCGAUCCCUUUUGGUUGUACAAGAAUAUGUGGAGCUCGGUAUGUCUGGAAGCACAGGAGAACGUUCUUUUGCUGAUAUUAUUACCAGUAUUCGAUAUUGGGUCAUUCAUAGCAUUACCAUACCUUCCCUAUUCAUUGCAGGUUGGUUAUUCGUCAGUACAGGUUUAGCUUACGAUGUAUUUGGAAGCCCUCGUCCAAAUGAAUAUUUUACGGAGAGCCGACAAGGAAUUCCAUUAAUAACCGGUCGGUUUGAUCCUUUGGAACAACUCGAUGAAUUUAGUAAAUCUUUUGGAGGCCCAAUGACCAUAGAUCGAACCUAUCAAAUUUUUACAGUACGAUGGUUAGCUGUUCACGGACUAGCUGUUCCUACCGUUUCUUUUUUGGGGUCAAUAUCAGCAAUGCAGUUCAUCCAACGAUAAAUCUAAUCCCAAUUAAUUAUAAAACUAUGACACAAUCAAACCCGAACGAACAAAAUGUUGAAUUGAAUCGUACCAGCCUCUACUGGGGGUUAUUACUCAUUUUUGUACUUGCUGUUUUAUUUUCUAAUUAUUUC